AUGGCAGGACUUCCAUUAGAGAUGCCCAAUCUUCUCAACUCCCGAGCUAUGGGUUUUCUUGGAUGGGUUGGAAGCAACAAGCAAUUGAAAGCUGCUGCAGUCGGCAAGUUCUGGGAAGCUCAUGGGAAACAGGUUCUAAUGUGUGCCGCAGCCGGGGUCGUGCUAUUAAUCGGUAUCGGCAUCAGCGUCUUCGCUGGGCCGUUCAUCGCUGCAGUCAUCGGCGGGGCUCUGAUCAGCGCCGGUAUUUCGGGAAUCAUGACCUCGUUGAGCUCGAAAACAACUUGGGAAUCAUUUUUCGAACAAAUGGCAAUUGGAGCUGUGGUGGGAGCGGUGUCGGGUCUUUUUUCGUGGGGAGCAUCGGCGCUCAUCGGCAAGUUCACCGCCCGCGGUAUUCACUGGGGAUGGAAGGUGGCGAUUUCGUUCGGCACUCGAAUGACCUCCGGCAUCACAUCGUCUGUUGUUGUGAAGGGUAUCGUAAAUAAGUUGAGUGGCCGCCGCUUUUUCGAUGAUUGGAAACAAGCAGCGAAGACGGGAGCCAUCAUGGGUUUAAUUGCUUUCGGCUGUGAUGCUAUUGGUUUUUUCAAUUGGGAGCAAGCUAAUAAGGUAACCAAUGACAUGAUCAACAAGGCAAACAAAAGCAUUCAGUCGUUGAAAGAUAGUUUUAAUGCGGUGACGGCACCUUGGGCCCGACACACGUUGACUACGAUGGCUGAGCUGGGCAAGGCGGGAGUCGAGAAUGCCUGGAUUCAAUGGAUCACCACUGGAAAGAUUGAUUGGAGAGUGGUGGCGCUCGGUGUGAUUGUGUACGGUGGGAUGAAGGCGGCUCGUGCCGGCUACAAAUAUGCGACAGAUAAAGGGCCACAAAAAGAAAAGAACGAUGAGCAAAUUAGGGAGGUCAUUGAUGAUUAUGAACAUUAUGGAGAAGACGACCAGGCCAACAAAAACGGAUCAGUUGAGAAGCCGGCUUGUAUAGGCUCUAUUCGAGAUAAUAAGACCGGGAACGUGGGGAAGGGCGUCAAUUUCAAUGCUCGUGUCGAGAAAGCUAAUGGAAACCUGAAAAAACCGGGAGAUAGUGGUUUUAUCAAAAAUGAUCAUCGUGAUGAUUUAUCAAUGGGGUAUCUAGUUGUUGAAGGAGAAACCUAUAAAGUGAAUGGACAAACAGUGAAAGCAACCGGACGUUUCAUGAACAUGACCGAUGCUGAUGCUAGUGCCAACUUCGGAGCUGAUGAUUACAUGAAACAACAACGGGGAUGUGCUGAACCGGACAUGAUUCAAAAAUUAGACAUGGCGAACGACUGUAAGACGCCGUUGAAACACACAAACUUGUUCGCUUUUGGCAAAACCUUCAACAAAGGGCAAGGAUAUGUGGGCAUCAAGCCUCCUUGCGACUCAUGUAAAUCAAUUCCGGGCACCACCAACCUCUCCAAUCCGUCAACUUUUCGUGCGAACGUGCAGGAGAACUACUUUUCGGUUGAUCCCGAAACUCAUCCAAUUUACCACAAUCUCCAUCACAGUGAGAAAAACGAGAAAACGACUGCAAGUGCAAAAGGAGAAAAUGACACACCUGCAAACUCUGGGUGUUCCAAUGAAAGAACAAAUCAACCGCAACCUAUCUAUCAACAAAGCAAUGAACGGUCAGCUCAAUCCAAAGCUUCCACGCCAAAAUCUUCUAAAGAUAAAAUAAAACAUCAAGCGAAAGAAAAGACCCCGGACUUAUUCCAAAAUAUCGAGGAUGAGGUCGGAUUUGUGAAAAGAGCUGAACAAGAGCUGCUGAAGGAGAAACGCGAAGCGGAGAGAUUGGAAAAGGAUGAUCUCCUUCGUGAGAAUCGACCAAUCAUUCGACAAGAAGAACAUGUUUAUAGCAAAUCAACGACCAAUAUGGCUAACACAAAUGCUAGUGAAAGUCAUCAAGAUAAAAAGAGGACUGAGUAUAACAAAGAGCGAGAUGAGCAACGAGAGAUUUCCGAGAAAAAGCCAAAGAAGAGUCACGAGCCAUCCCUCAAACAACAGUCCACCAGUUUAACCAAUGGAAAAGCUGAAAAGAAAAAGAAGAGAGUCGACAUCUUUCCGAUUAUUUCUUACAGUGAGAAGCACAAUAAAUACAUGAUGAUUGAGAAGAAAGAUUGGCCAAAGUUUCCUGAAGGGCCAACCAAAGUGAUCGGUUUCACUGGGAUGCGCGGCAGUGGACGGACGACACUCAUCCACUCGUUGCUGUAUAAAGCCGGCUAUGCGUUGAGUGCAGAGCAGGCAAUCUCGUCGAGGCUUGGCAUCGGUCUAAACAUGUACGUUUUGCGAGAAGAUGGACUGAUUUUCGUUGACGUUUGUGAUAGCAUGGAUUCUGUUGAUGAGAAACAGAAUCCAAAUUCGACAGAAACAGCUUCGACUCCACUUGGCUCAUAUGCUCUUGAAAUAUUCAGUUACGUCAACUGUGAUCAUCUCGUUUUCUCGUAUGCCCUCGAUGACCAGUGCUCUCAAUCAACGAAGCAGCUGGACGACUUUUUUCACAAACGAACGCAACUACUCUACACAUCGUCGAGUUUUCUGAGCCGCUAUGGCGCUCAAAAUAUCACUUUUCUAUUACGAGGAAAUAAACCAAAUGAGAAAACGUUAGAGAAAUGGAGAGAACUUGUCAAACUCUAUGCCGAUGAAGAAAUGGAUAAAGAAGGAAACCCUGAACCAAAUGAGCAAACGGUAGAGAAAUGGAGAGAACUUGUCAAACUCCAUGCCGAUAAAGAAAUGGAUAAAGAAGGAAACCCUGAACCAAAGAGGAACCUCGAUGAAGAUCACCAUUUUUACAUGAAACUCUUGCACACUGUUCGUUGUUUUCCUCUUCAGUACUUCCAAUUGGAACGAAGUCUUGCUGGCCAUCAACAAUAUGAAGAACAAUUCGAGAAUUUGUGGAAAAGAGUGAUCGAUGAGACGAGCUAUCAUAUGGUUACUCUAAACCAUAAUAUUGAUGAUCUCAAAGAUGUCACCGUUCAAGGUCGCUUGAUCACAACAUGGAACGAGAUCUCUACUUCAAAACAGAUCAAUGAAAUCUCGACGGCGGUGGCCAACGAGGAGUACACAAAGAAGCAAGCAUCGGGACCUAAUCCUGUUAAGACUUUCUUCGAAAACAUCCAGCAUUUUCGUUCCGAGCUGCCUUCCCAGUGCUCUUCGUUUAGUGCAAAGGUCGACGAAUUUUUCGAGAAAUGCAAAGAAGAAGGCGAACGAUGGGAGAAAAUUCCACCAAAAGACCGUGAUCAGAGUCUUUUCUUUCGGAUAUUGCUCGAUUUUGCGGCACUCUGCAUUCGCGAGUCGCUCAAGUUUGACAAUUUGAGUGAGGGUAUUGGGCUUGGCUUGGAAGGAUUUACGCUUUUCAAGGAGACACACGGAGGUUCGAUGGACUUUGUGUUGCUUCGAUACGCCGUGUUUGAUUGUGAUUUGAUUGGGUUGCUCAGUGAAGAGAUAAUUUACAUGAAUUAUAGCAACUGUUGGAAUGUCCUUUGUCGUUUGGCCACUUGCGGCUUCAGGGUGUUGCUCUUGUCGUUUCCGAUCUGGGCAGCCACAUUACGAUUGCUGGAACGUGAGGAUGAACUUGUUGGCGAUAAGCUACGGCUAUACAAA